AUGGGUCUGACCCCUCGUAAGCUCGUCCGCUAUGGCUCAAUUGCAGCUGGCUACGGCGUCGCGACAGGCGUGUUUGCGCUCUUCUUUUUCGGCGACGUCCCGCGUGUCCGACAAGAUAUUCUGCAGAAAAUACCGGUCAUCGGCGACUACUUUGUCAGAGAGAUCCCACCGGAGGACAAUCCUUUCUAG